AUGGUGUCCUUCCUUAGCCUCCCAUUUCUGAUCCGCCGUCGAAUCUAUGUCCUUGCCGGCCUCGUCCGGUUCUGCCCAAUCGACCUGAAUCAUGAAGGUCCUCAAAAGGUCGAGUACGCUCGAAGGUGCUUCGACUACCUCGAUGAGGCGUACGAUGGUUGGAGACCGCCGAUCGAGGGUCCUUCCGACUUCUUGAUAUCCACCGCGGACUUACUCGCUGAGUACAGCUGUUUCUACCGGUCCAAGCGGUUUCAGGGUCAUGCGCCAUUCCCUGGGCCAGAUGGGCUAGACUGCGUCUGUGGCCCUCUUCCCCGGGGCCUCCUCUUGGUGUGUCGCGCCAUUCAUAUCGAGGUAGUGACAAUCCUCUAUGCCGAAAAUCAGUUCAAAAUCUCCCGCUCUGGCCCGGGUGGCCUCAAGGCCCUAUCGCAGCUCAGCCCAAAGGCACUGGGCGCCAUGACCAGCCUUCAUGUUGGACUCACCGCCUGUGGCUGUGUGCUGGGCCAAACCUGCUCUCCCCACGAGCCCAAUCCAUUGAUCUAUCCGUGCUUUUCCUGUCACCCCGGCUGUAAAUGUGGAGUCGGCUCCCCCUUCUUUUCCCACAAUCCCAGCAUGCGGUCUCUGCCACAAGAGUGGGAAAGACUCGUCCUUGUCCUCGCUGCGCAAUUGACGCCGGGUCGACUCCGACUGAGCGUUGUCUGCGACACACUCGACCACGCCGCGGCCCAACAGAUUCUCCUGCCGCUGGAGAGAUUACCGCUCCUCAAGAGCUGUGCCGUCCGUCUCGGCCAGCAGCCUGACCACCACCUUCGGCGCCUAGCCCAAACCACCGUUCACCAGGUUACAGGCCACUCCGCUCACCUCAGGCCGCCUUUCGGUGGGACGACCUCCCUGAUGAACUCCAACUACAGAUUCUCCGCCAUUCAGGCCUUGUCGCACCUAGGACCAUUGAAUGGGUGGAGGGGAAGGGCACUACCAGGCCAUCCUGCUGCCAGCAGUUGGCCUCGAGACCACUUCCUAGUCAACCACAAGUUUCGGCAUCAGGCCCUCCAGAUCUUCUACCGCUCCAACACAUUCUCAGUCGAGACACUUGACGCUCACUGGGAUCGGGACAUGUCGCAUCACCUUGAGCAUCGAUCGGCUCUUGUCUUCCUUCAGUCGAUCCCGCGUGACGCCUUGCCACAUAUCUACUCCCUUCGGAUCAUCUUUCCCACCUUUCAUAACGACGGCCUUUGCCCAGGGACCCCAUCACUUACCAACUGGACAGACACUCUCAGAUUCAUCCAGGGACACCUGCCUCUUGCCCACCUCGACCUCGCCCUCUGCAUUGCCUUCGCCAGCCAGGACGAUGGAUAUGUCACAGGCUGGGAGGACAAGGAGUGGGCCUUUUACCAGCGAAUGGUUGCGCCAGCAGUUAUCCUCCGGGGUAUUCGAAACCUCUUCGCCAUCUUCCCACCGACUGGAGACGCCCCUCGUGAGGCACGGAACCGCCUCCGUGAGAGAGACCUCCAGACUCGAACCCUAGGCUGGACUUCUCCACUUACGCGCGUAACGAAGCCCCGAGAAGGACAAGGACAUCCAGAAAUGGAAGAGAUAUGGGAUGCUGGCCCAAUUACCCUUGGCCCGUCUGGCGAGCGGAUCUGGCCUCCAUGGUAG